UGUUAUACUUUCACAAACGUACUGAGAGCAUCAAAACGAUGGCAUCCUUUCUGAAAAUCUGUUUAGUUUUUCUCGUAAUCAAUAUCCUCUUCCAAGGUUUGUGCAAUGCUUAUCAUCCAUGUCCUUUGAACAAGAUGAAAGUAACUCAAAAAGCAACAGGAAAACUACUCAGUGGGAAACCUGAAUAUUCUGUGGACGUAAUCAACGGAUGCCAGCCAUGUGCGCAAGGGCAAAUCUAUUUGCGAUGUGGAGGAUUUGAAACAGUAGAAAAACCUGAUCCGCAGGAUCUCAUGGUGAAUGAGAAGAGUGAUUAUCGUCUUCUAAAUUAUGGCAAGCCUGUUUAUGAUUUCGUGCGUUUCAAAUAUGCUUGGGACACUCAAUAUAACUUGUUGGAAUAUUUUCAACGCCAUGAUGAAAAGGGGGUUAUGUUAAAGAAAAUUAACAUCCACAGGUGA